UUAUUGCUUUGACUCCAUCAUGCCUCAUAUUCUAUCUAGUAUAUGUUUAAUGGCACACUACCCUUCAGUGCAGUUAUUCAUACUCGCUUACGUUUGAUGUCGUCAUUGAUUCAAAUUGCCAGUGAAUCUAUUGGAGAUUCAGUGAAGGAGCGACGCCAUCCGGACACGCUUUUGUUUGUGGAUGAACACUCCAACCCGUUUCGGAAAUGUGGACAGAAAUUGGGAAAUUAUUAUUUUUUCAUUUCUUACUUUCGGAAUUAUACUUAGCAAAAGGUACCGAAACUGGCACUGAGACGGAGUGCGAGGAUGGACAGUUUCAGUGUAACAACAUGAGAUGUAUUCCCACCAUAUGGAGAUGCGAUGAUGAUGAUGACUGCUCUGACAACAGCGAUGAGGAGAACUGCCUGAAGAACACAUGCGCACCCUUAGAGUUUGCGUGUGCGAACGGUCAGUGUGUUCCUGGGCGUUGGCGUUGUGACGGAGAACCUGAGUGUCCAGAUGGAUCAGAUGAGGCUGAUGCCACCUGCAGGGUCAAACAGACGUGUCCACCAGAGAAGUUUGACUGUGGGGGAAAGUGCGUGUCGCUGUCCUGGCGGUGUGACGGGGAAAGAGACUGUGAAAACGGCGAAGAUGAAGCGGACUGUGCAGCAGACGCCAGGUCCUGCUCAGCGGGGGAGUUCCAGUGUCGUAACCGUAAAUGUUUAGCACCGGUCUAUGUGUGUGACGGUGACGACGACUGUGGAGACGGCAGCGAUGAGGAGAAGUGCUCUCCGCCCACCUGUGGGCCGCACGAGUUUCGCUGCAACAGCUCCGAGUGUGUGCCUCAGCCUUGGACCUGCGACGGAGACCCCGACUGCUCUGACGGGUCUGAUGAGUGGGCGGUGCGAUGCGGGGGCGGGUCCGGUCGACCGGUUCCUCCACCCGCCCGGAGACUGCAAUGCAGUGCUGGAGAAUUUCGUUGCGGCAGUGGGGAGUGUGUGAGACUGACCUGGAGGUGCGACAGGGACCCUGACUGCAAGGACAAGUCGGAUGAGGUCGACUGCCCUCUGCUCACAUGCCGACCUGAUGAGUUCCAGUGCGGAGACGGAUCCUGCAUCCACGGCAUUAAACAGUGCAACAAAAUACACGACUGCCUCGACAAAAGCGAUGAGGCUGGCUGUGUCAAUGCCACAAAGUGUGAAGGACCUCUGAAGUUCCUCUGCAGGAAUGGGGAAUGCAUUGACGGCAGCAAGGUGUGUGACAACGUGAAGGACUGCAAGGAUCGGUCGGACGAACCCAAGAAGGAGUGCAGUCUGAAUGAAUGUUUGCUAAACAACGGAGGCUGCUCACACAUCUGUGUGGAUCGUCCCAUUGGAUACGAGUGCCAGUGUCCUGCUGGCUAUAAGCUGCUGGACAAGAGGACAUGUGGAGAUAUUGAUGAGUGUGAGAACCCUGAUGCCUGCAGUCAGAUCUGCAUCAACCUGAAAGGGGAUUUCAAGUGUGAAUGUCACCCGGGGUAUGAGAUGGACCCCGUAAGCAAGACCUGUAAAGCUGAGGGAAAAAGCCCUUACCUGAUGUUCACGAACAGGCACGAGAUCAGGCGUAUUGACCUGGUGAAGAGGGACUACACACAGGUGGUUCCUACUCAGAAGAAUGCAGUGGCCAUUGAUAUAGACGUCGCUGCCAACCGCAUGUUCUGGUGUGAUCGUUUUCAACACAAAAUAUACAGUGCUUAUAUCCACGAGGCGAGCGACCCGUCUCGACACGUUACUCUGAUCGACUCGGAUCUGCAUUCCCCUGAAGGGCUGGCGCAGGACUGGGUUCAGCACAACCUCUACUGGACCGACUCGGGCGACAGAACCAUCUCUGUGGCUUCAGCGGAUGGCAGCAGGAGACGCGUGCUGAUCAACACCGAUCUGAGCGAACCACGGGCCAUCGCUGUGGAUCCAGAGAGAGGGUUCAUGUAUUGGUCUGACUGGGGCAUCAGGGCCAAGAUUGAGAAGGCUGGCAUGAACGGUGUUGAUCGGCAGGUGUUGGUGUCUGAGGACAUUGAGUGGCCCAAUGGAAUCACACUCGAUGUGGUUGGUAAGCGCUUGUACUGGGUGGACUCAAAACUACACCUGAUCUCCAGUGUGGAUUUAAAUGGGUCCCAUCGCAGAGUCAUCCUGUUCUCCAGCGAGAGACUCGGCCACCCUUAUGCCCUCGCUGUGUUCGAGGAUCGGGUGUACUGGACGGACCGUGAGAAGGAGGCCGUUUACAGCGCAAACAGACUCACAGGACAGGAUGUGACCAGCCUUGCCGAGCACCUCAAUGACCCUCAUGAUAUUGUGGUUUUCCAUGAGCUGAGCCAACCUGGCGCUCCUGACAGCUGUAACCUGGGCGGCGUGACUAACGGAGGCUGUGACUUCCUUUGUCUGCGAGCUCCUCAGAUCAGCGAACACUCACCCAAAUACACCUGCGCUUGCCCUGACGGCGAGGAGCUCAGCCCUGACACACGCCAAUGUGUACCCGUCCAAAACGACACUGCCGUAACAUCUACUGUCCCCAUCAACAACACUGCGGAGACAGGAGCUGGCUGGGCACCAGAGUCCCCUGGAGCAGUGACUUCUCAGUCCGAUAGUGUGGCUGAAACCACUCUCUCAUCACUCCUCACUUCCAGCCCAGAGGAAGCGGCCAUCUCCUCUAAUACUACAGCAGAGCGCAGGUCAACACAGGCAUCCAGCACCACACCAGGAGACCUGAGCAACCUGUCCCAUCACUCUGGCAAUGAGUUGUUUCUCCUUGGCCGUAAUCUGACAGUGGCAGUGCUUGGUGUCGUAAUUCCCAUAGUUCCUAUUGUUGCCACAGUGGUCUUCGGGGUGCUGUGUACCGGCGUUUAUCUCAUUUACCGCAACUGGAGGAGGAACAGCACCAAAAGCAUGAACUUCGACAACCCAGUCUACCGCAAAACCACAGGAGAGACGGAAGAGGACGAGAUUCAUAUCGGUCGGACUGACGGGCUCGCUGGCCAUCACCACCCUUACCCUGGGCCCGUGGUCGGCAUGACGCCAGUCGGCACCGGGACGUGCCCGCCAUUCAUCGCUCUGCCUCUGGGGACCGGUUUACCAGACCCUUCCACACACUGGUACACAGAGCAACCCACCAUCUCUAGUACUAAGUGAAAAGGAGACGACUUUAGAAAUACUGUGACCGCAGGGAGCAGGACCGUCAUGUGUUGCUGCCAAGCUAUGCAGGAAUGGCAAUUUAUCGAGCUGAAUCAUUCUUAACAUGGCCAGGUUUUAAAGUGAGCUGCAGAAUACUGGAGUGCAAAUACUGUAUGAUUACUAAAGAAAAGUGUUAUCAUUUCAGUCCCAUAAUCAUCUGGUCCAUUUUAUCGUCAUUUAUUGCUGGUUGGAACCACCAGGCCAAGCCUUUUCAAAACUCCAUUAUUUAUAUUUAUCUUAUAAUAAUAAUUCGUUACAUUUAUAUAGCGCUUUUCUCGGUACUCAAAGCGCUUUACAUAGAAGGGGCGAAUCUCCUCAACCACCAUCUUAUAAUCCUAGAGAAAUUUAGCACAGUAACUGGUAUUAAAUGUACUAUUGAAAUAUUGUAACUAGUCUAUUUGACUAUCAAUGUCCAGCACUUUAGCUAAAGCUGUAGAGAGAGAAAAAAAUGGAUCCUUAUUUCUAACAUUGCUUUGUUUGAUUUAGGCAUGUUCUCAAAAUGAAUUAACCAAAUCAUUAAAAUUAAUUAAUCCGUUUGUUAAAAUUUAAAUUCCAAUCGAUUCCCAAUGGAUAAAAUCAAGUCCUGCACUUUAUUCCUCAUGGAAUACUCAAAUUUCAUUCAGAAAUACGUCACAUUAUGAAAGUAAAAUGGGCUGCAAAUGUUGCUUCAUGUUGACUUUAAAGUGCCCCUAUUAUGCUAUUUUAAAGCUUCCUAAUUUUGUUUUGGAGGUCUCCUACAAUUGGUUUACACCAUCCAAGGUCAAAAAACACUUUAAUUUUCUCAUAAUAUAAAUUGCACAUUACCUCAUUUCUCAAAGAGUCUGAAAUCAGUUAUUUCGAA